AUGUACGAUGCUUUAACAGAGGGAAAAUGUCAUUGCAACACAAUAAACUAUCGUGUCAUUAAAGUUACAUUUUACUUGUUAAAUAGGGGAUCAACUCCAAUACUUACAGAAACUGCUCCUGUAAUUGCUGAGGGGCAGGCUGAUGCUCAAUCUGUGAAUGCAGUGGAUGCAUGGAAGCAUUCAGAAUUUCUGUGUCGCAACUAUGUGUUGAAUGGGCUAACAGAUGCACUUUACAAUGUUUAUUGUAAAGUUGCAACUGCUAAGGAAAUAUGGGAGUCGUUGGAAAGGAAGUAUAAGACAGAAGAUGCUGGAACUAAGAAGCAUGUUGUUGCUAAGUUCUUGGAAUACAAAAUGGAUGACUCGAAAUCUGUUAUGAGUCAAGUCCAAGACCUUCAGGUCAUCAUACAUGAUAACAAUGCAGAAGGGAUGGAUCUUAAUGAAUCAUUCCAAGUUGCAUCAAUGGUUGAAAAGCUUCCUCCUGGUUGGAUAGACUUCAAAAAUUACCUUAAGCAUAAGCGAAAGGAGAUGUCUGUGGAGGAACUGGUGGUGCGUCUUCUCAUUGAAGAAGACAAUAGAAUGACCUUGAAGAAAGGCAGUGAAGUUGAAUCUUCUAAGGUUCAUAUGGUGGAAGCUGGUCAAACUUCCAAAAGCAAAGGCAAGGGACCUCACAAAGGGAAAGCAAAGGGCAAAAACCUAGGCCCCAAGGCAGGAACUUUCAAGAAGAAGUUCAAGUGCUACAACUGUGGCCAACCGAGGGAAAACCAUCAAGCAAACAUGGUGAAUGAUAACAUGGAGUUGGUGGCCAUGAUAACUGAUCUCACGGCUAUGGUUUCUGAAGUGAAUCUCAUGAAUACAAAUUCAAAGGAGUGGUGGAUUAACACGAGAGCUACUCGUCAUGUGUGUCAUGACAAAAGUGUUUUCAACACCUACAAAGAAGUUGAAGAUGGUGAAAAGCUCUAUAUGGGAAAUGCAGCUACUACGAUGGAUAACUGA